GCCAUCCAAUAGUUACAGAGAUCUGGGUAUAAAGGCUUUAGUCCAUCACCUGUCAGAGCUGGGCAACCCCUACAUUGGGCGAACAGGAUCUGAUCCCAGGAUUUGUUACUUCUUUCUUUUCUCCUAAGCAGACAAAGUAAGAAUGGCAGCCAUGAAGAACUGCCACAACGACUACAAGAUGAAGUUCUCCGUGGAUGAGGAGUUCCCCGAUCUCUCUCUGCACAACAACCACAUGGCCAAGGUACUUACCAAGGACAUCUAUUCCAAGCUGAGGGGCAAAUCCACCCCUAGUGGCUUCACCGUGGAUGACGUCAUCCAGACUGGUGUUGACAACCCAGGUCACCCCUUCAUCAUGACCGUGGGCUGCGUCGCCGGAGACGAGGAGUCCUACGAGAUCUUCAAGGAGCUGCUUGACCCCAUCAUCUCCGACCGUCAUGGCGGAUACAAGCCCACCGACAAGCACAAGACUGACCUGAACUUCGAGAACCUGAAGGGUGGUGACGACCUGGACCCCAACUACGUGCUGUCCAGCCGUGUGCGUACCGGCCGCAGCAUCAAGGGGUUCACCCUGCCCCCCCACAACAGCCGUGGAGAGCGCAGAGGCAUCGAGAAGCUGAGCAUUGAAGCCCUGUCCACCCUGGACGGCGAAUUCAAAGGAAAGUACUACCCCCUGGACGGCAUGACCGACGCCGAGCAGGAGCAGCUGAUCGCUGAUCACUUCCUGUUUGACAAGCCAGUGUCCCCCCUGCUGACCUGCGCCGGCAUGGCCCGCGACUGGCCCGACGGCAGGGGCAUCUGGCACAACGACAACAAGACCUUCCUGGUCUGGGUGAACGAGGAGGAUCACCUGCGCGUCAUCUCCAUGCAGAAGGGAGGCAACAUGAAGGAGGUUUUCAGACGCUUCUGCGUCGGCCUGCAGAAGAUUGAGGAGAUCUUCAAGAAGCACAACCACGGCUUCAUGUGGAACGAGCAUCUGGGCUACAUCCUGACCUGCCCCUCCAACCUGGGCACCGGCCUGCGCGGCGGCGUGCACGUCAAGCUGCCCAAGCUCAGCACGCACGCCAAGUUCGAGGAGAUCCUGACCAGGCUGCGUCUGCAGAAACGCGGCACAGGUGCGGCAACCGCUUCCUUUAUUCUGCUGGGCGGAAGAACAGGUGUUACACCCAGAGGCGGCUAAUAACGAGUAGUUAUU